UGAAAAUCAAACUAUCUCAAUGGAAAACUAUGAGGAUGACUUCAACAAACAAAUCAGAAACAGCAGACCUGAAAACAGCGAUGAACUUCAGAAUGUAGUGGAAGAGACAGUCACCACUAUACAAAAACAGGAAUCAGUGGAGAUAAUAGUAAUGCUGGACAGCCAAGGAGAGCAAGGUGCUCAGGCUGAGACACCUGCCAUUCUGCAAGAGCAGCUUAUUUACUGGCCAGAGUGGAGACAACAAGAUAAGGAAAACGACAAAGGAAUUUUAGCAAUUGUGAAAAACAUUCAGAAAAGAGAUGAAAAUUUUGAGAAGGAAAUAUACGGGAUUCAGAAUGAAUCAGCUUUAAUGGAGAAAGUGAUAGAAUUCUACGAAGGCGAGUACUGGAUGUUGAAAAGAAUAUGGUCGGAGUCAGAGGAGAACCUGAAAGAGACUAUCAAAAACCAUGAGAAUGAAAUAAGCAAAUUAACUGAAGAAAUUACCAGACUGAAAGAAGAAAAUGAAAAGUUAACAUCAAUUAUAAAGGACCUUGUUAAAAUUAACGUGGAUUUCAAAGAAGUCAAUGGAUUGGGUUUAAUCUCACAUAAAAGUAAGAAUCGAGAAGUUCAAAGAGCUGUUGAAAAAACAAACAAAUUGCUCAACAUGUUGCUUGAGAAAGCUGCCUUAGCUAUAGACUUUGAACAGGCAGAAAAGGAAAUCACAGGUGAAGGAUGCUGGUCUUGGACUAAAUGUUUGUUCUGUCGUGAGAUGUGAAAAAAUUAUUUUUGCAAUAAAUAGUUUUGUGUUAACUCAA